UCAACUUGACAAAUCUUUACGAGUGAUUCUAUUUUAGUGUCGUUAGGUCUGCACGAUGUGGUGGAUAUUAGUCGCUGCAGCAGCCGUUGCCUUUGGCUACUGGUCCUUGACCCGCCCGCGCAACUAUUGGGCGAAAAAAGGGGUAAAACAAGGACCUCCGUCAUUCAUUUUGAGGGAUAUUUUGGAAAUGGUUUUGAGAAAACGUAGUUUUGCGGAAAUGGUUCAAAUAGUUUAUAAUAUGUGUCCAAACACCAGGUACUCAGGGUUCUACCAAUUUUUUGUUCCAACACUUGUACUAAAGGACCCUGAGCUUAUCAAACAAAUCACCGUGAAAGACUUCGACCACUUUGUAGACCGUCGGAAUUUUAUCCCAGAAGACAGUGACCCAUUAUGGUCUAAAAAUUUAGUCGCUUUGACUGGUAGAAAAUGGCGCGAAAUGCGAGCAACCCUCAGUCCAUCUUUCACCAGCAGCAAAAUGAAAUACAUGUUCACGUUAAUGUCACAAAAUGGUGAACAAUUCGUGAAGUACUUUUUGAAAAAAAACGAAAACGUUGUUACUGUGGAAAUGAAAGACACUUUCACUAGAUUCACUAAUGAUGUCAUCGCCAGUACUGCUUUUGGAGUGGAAUGUGAUUCUUUAGGGGACAGAACAAACGAGUUUUACUUGAUGGGCAAAGAUGCUACUGAUUUUAGUGGGUUCUGGAAAAAUAUUUCGUUCUUGGUCUACAUGUUAGCACCUAAACUAGGAAAAUUUUUCCAAAUAACCUUCUUUUCAAAACGAGUUGCCCAUUUUUUCACUAAUCUAAUCAAAAGCAACAUCCGAAGUCGUGAAAAACUUGGGAUAGUAAGACCAGAUAUGAUCCAUCUUCUCCUGGAAGCUAGAAAAAACGGGCUUAAACAUGAAGAAACUGAACCCCAAGAUACAGGUUUUGCCACAGUGGCAGAAUCCGAAAUCACCAAAAACCCCAAAAACACCAAAACAGAAAUUACAGAUCUAGAUAUUACGUCGCAAGCUUUAAUUUUCUUCUUCGCUGGUUUUGACUCAGUGUCCGGACUCAUGUGCUUUAUGUCCCACGAAAUAGCAGUUAAUCCAGACGUUCAAACUAGACUUAUCGAAGAGGUGGACGAAACUUUGGUAGCUUGUAAGGGUAAACUCACUUACGAGGGUCUUCUUGGUAUGAAAUACAUGGAUAUGGUUGUCUCGGAAACUUUAAGAAAGUGGCCCAGUUCUGGCGCCAUGGACAGAAUUUGCACAAAACCCUAUACCAUCGAGCCUAAAUUUCCCGAUGAAAAACCGGUCCAUUUGGAAAAGAAUGAUGUUGUUUGGUUGCCCAUUUUUGGGCUGCAUCGAGAUCCUCAGUACUAUCCAGAGCCAGAGAGGUUUAAUCCCGAAAGGUUUAACGAUGAAAAUAAGGGCAACAUUAACCCUUACGCAUACGUGCCUUUUGGAUCUGGACCUAGGAAUUGUAUUGGUUCCAGAUUUGCCCUCUUGGAAACUAAAACCUUGUUCUUUUAUAUUUUGUCAUAUUUCGAGAUAGUUCCUGUGGAGAAGACCCAGAUACCUUUGGUUAUAAGCAAAAAGCACUUUAAUUUGACUGCGGAAAAGGGGUUUUGGUUGGGGCUUAAACGUCGUUCUAGAAUAUGAGUUUGGCACAUUUAAUUUAACACAUUUUAACAUAAAUAAAUAAAGAUUAUACACUAUAAAACCGCAACCGGA